GUUUGGACAUCAUUUCAGUGACUUGUGGGCACUAUUUCAGCCCAAAUUGUCAGAACCCCAGAUCUCAAUGCAUCACAAUAAACAGGCAUUAUUGUUGUUCUGGUACCAAGCUUGUGUAGAAUGUCCAGAGAAUGUGAAAUUGAUCGUUCACAAUCCACAUGUGUGUAAACAUAUACCCUUCACCUACAUACUUGCCGAUCAUGAGGACCAGGAUGUGAUGAUGUUUAAUCGUAUGACUUUACCAGCGUACUAUGGUUUGUUACGAAUGUGUUGUCAGCAAUCAAGGAACUUCACACGACAACUGGCCCAGCAUCAAAAUAUACUGUGGGCUUUCAAAAAUAUCACCCCUUAUCCUGCCAAUAUCCAGGGGCUGUGGAUGAGUUGUUUAAGAUGAUGAGACUGAUGGCGACCAAAUACCAGGACUGUACUGAUGAGGAAAUCAAGGCCAUCAACAGUUUCCGACGUAACACUAUACAACUUUAUCUACAGAAUCUAGAGGCACGAUCAGGCUGGCAGACACUGAUAGGAGCUCUGAAGAUUUUGGUAGACACAGAGACAGACAGAUUGAUUGUAUUGUUCAACAAGGGACUUCAAAUGUUGGGAGAGGCAUUCAUCACUCUACAUGUGAUGUAUCAUGAGGCUACAGCAUGUCAUGUUACAGGGGAUAUUGUAGAUCUGCUGUCAUUAUUACUACAAGUUCUCAAAAAUGCCAGAACAUAUGUUGAACAAAAGAAAGGACCCACAGUCAAAUAUGUAAAGAUGUAUGUACACAGCUGGGAUGAGAAAGUUACCAUAGCAAAGAAACUGUUAACAUUACUCAACUCUUACACACCAACUAAUAGCGCUCAGUCUGUAUACGAUG